UGUCCAGACUGUAACGUGUCGCCCAUGCGUUGAACCACCUUGGAUACCUGGAUACCUGGAUACCGCAUACGACAACGCAGAGACAGAAGAUACGGCAUAGGAUGGCGUCUAGGACCGUGAGGUUCAUCUCAGGAGCCGACCAGAUGGUCAUCUGUCCAUAUGACCACCAUCAUGUUAUCCACAGCCGAAACCUAGGCAAGCACAUCCGGAAGUGCCGGAAGAACUACACAGGGCCAGAGUUGGCGGUCUGCGCCUUCAGUGCUGUGCACAUAAUGCCCCCCCAGGAACUUCUCGCACACCAGGCCAGCUGCCCAUAUGCCAAGUAUGAUGUCUAUGCCGCGGCUCCCGAGUAGGAAUGAGCUCCAGCAGAGAGAAACUCGAGAAACCCACCAAAACCAAGCCCGAAGGGAAGUAGAAACGAAACGGAAGGCCGAGUACUAGUGUAAAAGGCGAAGUGCUGAGAAAGGGGGCAUCUCGGAAAUAAACCAAGCUAGCUAAAAACAAAAUGCUAAACAUACUGGACAGUCUAAGGAAUACAUUAAAAGUGCUCAAAAUCUGUUAACUUAACUACAUAAAAGUGGUAAUCAUCAUAGGAAACAAUGACAGGAAUAAGCUUUUAAGCAAGAUCUAGAUCAUAAACCUAAACCUACUGAACAAUGUAAUAAAUGCAUAAAAGGGCGGCUACGUCUUAACAACAGAAAAGUAUUCAUGAUCAUAGAAAACAAAGGCAGCAAGCUAACUAAAAACUGAUUUUAUAGAACUUUAGAUACAUGGCAGUUCAACCACAUGUCUGACGUGGAA